UAGGAAUUCUUCCUUUAGUGGGGACGAUAACUCGCUGUGUCUGCAACAGACUGUUGCUUUCAGUCGAUGUCGGAAGAAACAGAGUCAACUCCUGCUAAUCAAGCCGAAGCUAUAGUAAUUGACAAUUUUGAAGAUGCCAAGUCGUUAAGCAGCAGUUCGGACUCUUCCCUUAGCGAACUCGAAAACAUAUUACAGGGAACUAAAGUGUUCUCGCAUUUCAGUCUUUUGGAGGAUAACGAGGAAUUGAACGAGGCUCUACCCAAAACAAAAAACGAGUUGCUUCCCGAAGAACUUCCUUUUGUAGAAGAAACUUUUCCUCUUAUAACUCCUGACUUUGAGAUACGACGUGUCGGUCGUCUUAGUACGUUUGUGGAGUCUUUUUUAGUAAUUGAGUCUUUUGAAGCAGAACCUGUACUCGACAUUGGAUCCUUAAUUGUGUUUGAGGAUAGAAAUCCAGUGGGACGAGUUUUUGAUGUAUUUGGACCGGUUAAGCAACCUUGUUACAGCAUUCUUGUGCGAACAGACAGUGAGAAGUUAAAAGAAUGCGUAGGGAAGUCUGUAUUUUUCGUUGUAGAAUAUUCACGUUUUGUGGAUACAAAUAGUGCGUAUAUGAAAGGCUCAGAUGCUUCCUGGUACAAUGACGAAGAAAUUCCCAUCGAGCUUCAAGAUUUUUCUGACGACGAAAGCGAGAGAAAGUCUUCGAAAGCUAGAAAAGGCCGAGUGGGUGAUAAGGAUGCUUCUAAGAGGCAUACAAAGACGUCUAGAAACUUGGAGACGAACAGUGAAACAAGUCAAGGUUCAACGGAAGAACAAUAUGACUGGAGUUUAGCAACGAAACCAGAAAACGCGAAAGGAACCGAAACUCUUCAGAAAAAUUCACAUUUUCCAACCAGAACGUUACCUUCUCUAGUAUCUUUACAAAUCUCGAAAAGUCCUUCGAGUAUUCCAGGUUUAACCAGAAAGUCGAGUUGAGAAAUGGUCUCUUCUCUACUUCACGUUUACAAGUUUAGAGGAGAAACUAGCAUACAACAAGGUUUACGUUA